UGUUGCGGCCGUAAAGGGCGGCUAAUUGCAGCCGACGAGUCAUAUUGAAGACCAGUUUCUUUCAAAUUAAAACAAUGGUCAAUCAGUAUUAUUUUUAACUCAGUCCGGCACUUAGGGUGUGUCCAAUUUGUAACGACGGCCAUAUAAAAGCACUUACAUUCAGGAUCAGAGAGACAUUUAUGGGCAAAGUUUUAACAUAACAACAUGAAGUACCUAGUGAUUUUUGCCGCAGCUUUCGUAUGCGUACAAGCUGUAAAAUUACCGCAGAUUACCUUAACGGGUUCGCUGGAGUCCAGUGAGGAGGAGUACAGUAUUCUAUUGCCCGCUACUGGUCAAACUCCGCUCAACUUGCCGGGUGUUGGUGUCAUCAAUCAGCCAGUGCUGCAAGCGGUCAAGGUGAAAGUGCCACGCUACGUCAGUCCUGAAAUCAAGCAGCAAAUUAUCGCUCAAACACUGGCAGCAAGAGGCAUAGACUUGCAAAGCUUAGGCGCACAAGCAAAGCCUGUGGAUGCGGUGCCUCGUCAACAACGACAAUUGGCUGCUAAAGGCUCAACAGCUGGUAGUGGUGUGGCCGGUGUUGAUACUCUAACCGUAUCUGUUAAUCCCGUCGAAACUGGCAAAGAAACAACGGUACCAAUUACGUCAGAGGUACCCUCCGUGGUACCAAUUGAUAGAGAGGCGCUUCCAAAGGUAUCAACGCUUCCAGUAGUGCCAGUGGUUUCAGAGCUACCAAAGCUCUCAACUGUUCCAGUGGUGCCAGAAACAGUCAGCGUAGCCGAGGCACCCGUCGUGGUUCCUAUACCAGUUUCGAAACAAUAAAUCAUGAUUUUUGGUUUUUUCUUCACAUUUAUUAUACAAAAUUAAAAAACUUAAAUUUGAGCAAACAGCGAUAACAUA